AUGCCGCACGACCGAAAGAAGAAGAUUGCCAUUAUCGGAGCGGGUGCAGCUGGCAUGUCCUGCGCUGCUACUUUAGCAAAUCACCCAGAUAAGUUCCAGGUGACGAUGAUUGACAUCGAAUCCCACACAGGUGGUCAAGCAACAUCAAUUUCUCUAGACGAACAGAAAUACGGCGCAAGCUGGAUAAACGAUGGAGUCCAGGGUGGCUCUGCGAUCUUUCGGCAUACGUUCCGGUUCUUUCGUCGCUACGGCUAUGAGCCACAGCAAGUCAAACUUCAGGUCUCCUUCGGCAAAGGACAAGACAACUUUUGGACAAAUGUAUUCCCUAGUCCACUUGUGGAUCAACACUCUCGGGGAAUCAAAAAGCUCGGCCGGGUUCUGAAAUGCAUCAAAUAUCUUAUGCCUAUUCUUGGUAUCCUACCAGUCAAGGUGAUUCUCCGACUGUUCCGGUUUAGCGACGACUUCAACAACAAGAUGGUCUUGCCGCUUUUAGCUCUCUUCCUCGGCACAGGAAACCAGACUCCAAAUGUACCAAGUGUCUUGCUGGAGCGCUUAUUUGACGAUCCGCAAAUGAAGCUAUGGGAGUACGACCCUGACACGCUGUUGCCAAAUCUUCCCGAGAUGUACACCUUUCCAAAUCUGGGGAAUUUCUACCGAGACUGGGCAGAGGAUUUACAGAGAAAAGGGGUUGAGAUACACCUACAAUCUUCGGUCACAAUCUUGGAGCGAAGCAAGAAAGGUGUUGUUCUGCAAAUUCAACAACAAACUAGUGACGGAGAGCAGGCAGAAUCCGUCUCCUCCCCAGAGACAUUUGAUGAGCUUGUUCUUUGCUGCCCAGCGGAUGAAGCCAAGAAGAUGCUCGACCGAAGUGCUACCUGGCGUGAGAAAUAUGUGCUUGGUGGCGUGAAGUUCUUCAAUGAUAUUACCAUCACCCACUCAGACUCGGAUUAUUUCCAGAAGAUAUUCGAAGCUCGAUACGACCCAGCAUUGUGUGCGCAGGCAACGACGAAGGAUCGGAAAGAGCAGAUUGAAUUUGCCGAACAGCAGCCCCGAUGUGAAAAGGAUGGCUGGGUGGGGUUCCGGCCAAUGUAUUUCACCCACUCAUUUGAAUCAGAUCCAGAUAAAAUUGAAAUGGGCUUUGAUUGCUCAAACUAUCAGCAUCAAUUCCGGGAACGCCUCGGUGUGGGAAGCCAGCCCCUUCCUUUGAAUGAGCAUGUCUUCCAAACAAUCUUCUUGAAUGAUCAACAAAAGGAUAUGUGGACAUGGAAUGACAUCGAUCCUUCUAAAAUCAUUACCCGGAAAUGGUGGCACCAAUUCGGCCAUAGAUGGCAGCAUUACCUACGUGUCAUACCGGGUAUGAUGUUCAUAAAUGGCAAGAAUAGAACACUGUACGCGGGAAGUUGGACCAUGGUGAAUAUGCAUGAGAUUGCCUGUAUCUCCGGUAUCGCUGCAGCUUAUCAGCUGGGCGCCGAAUACGACCACUUUGACGAUUGUGCAGAGGAUUUCUUUGCCAAGUACCUGCUUGUUUGCCAUGGCACCCGCUACAAGAGAGGAAAGAAUAAACAGACUUGA